AAAUGUAAGAGAAGGCUUUUAUUUCAGUCACCUCACUCGACGGGAGUUUCAGCCUCGUGCGCAUUGAGGACCUGGUGUUCAGCAAGCUUCAGUGCUCGGAUUCGUAGUUCAAACCACAGUUCUAAAAUGUUCGAACCUCAGCGAGGAGCGCCGCCGGCACAUCCUGAGAGUCGCACACUAAAAGGAAUUUUAACGACGGUUCUGGUUCUAUGGAUGCUAGCAUCCACACAGUCUGUAACCGCUAUAACUAUGGACAAGUUGAAGUUUGACGUGGGUGACUUCUUGAUCUACUCAGUGCUGGGCAAAGAAAAGAACUGCAAAGCACCGCACCACUACAUGAUAGCAAUGUCCCAAAACCAGGCAUUUGACAUUCACGUAACUGACGAGAACAAGUUUUGGUGUAAAGGGAGGAUACUUGACAAGAGUAAUGUGCCCGAUGGAUUGAAGAAUCAUAUGUUCGAAACAAAGGGAGUCGAUAAGAAAUAUAUCAUUGGCUGGAAGAAAACCUUUACUUUGGCGUUGAGGCUAAGGGGCGUAGAGUUACCGUAUAACACUUUCAAUUGCAACUGUAAACACUACGCUUAUUACUUGGUGUACGGUAGAACUUUUGCCUGCUGGUCCUCUAUCACAUACGGAUCAUCAUCCAAAACGCCGCAGCCGCCGUCUAGAGCUCCUUCUCAGAUUAACAGACAACCUGGUGCCUAUCCUGGUUCCACAUUCAGGACGAGCAAUACAAGUCCAGCACCAUCUCCAUCCAGACCUAUUCCAUACGGAGGUUACGGCCCAACUGGUUACGGCACGACAAGUUACGGCGGCACGACACGUUACGGCGGCACGACAAGUUACGGCGAUUACGGAGGCGGUAACAACAAUUACGGGCCACAGUCGUUCAAUUACGGCACCAAAGGACAAGUAGCCACCGCGACCAAACCUCAAAACCCUCCCGCCAGAUCUCAACCUCCUGCCACCAAACCUCAAGUUCCUCCCCCUAAAUCUCAACCUCCUGCCUCCAAACCUCAACCUCCGACCCCCAAACCGUCGUACCCGUCCGGUGGCCAACGUGGAAAGGGGGCUGCGCCCCCGCAAGAAACAAACAAAGAUUACUUGGCCUGGCAGCAGAGAAAAAAUGCAGAGAUAUCGUUCAGAUACAGAAAUUCUGGCGGAUGGUAGGGUGCUUAAUUGGAUCCUCCGGGAGGAAAAUUCAUCAAAAGCGCGACCUACUCAAAAAACUGACUGUAAAGCGCCGAAAGAGCAGAGGUAAAUCGCUGGAUUUUAAUUGUUGGAGUUUAUACUACUCCAAUAGAGCGAAUAGUGGAUGAUCGUUGCCCGCGAAAGUGGAGCUCCUGUAUGUGUCAGGGACUUGUGAGGGACGUACUGAUUCCCAAGUAAAAUUUCGUGAGAAACACGAUGGUGCCACUGGUUUUCUCUAAAAUCCAAUCCAAAGCUGAAAAAAGCUCUUAAAGUUGAGGCUGUUAUGGAGGGGGUAUCCCACGCUACCCUGAGAGUCCAACUCCAUACUGCCGCGCUAAGAAAGAACGCCGUAUGAACAUUCGAGAGUUGCCAAAUUCCCUUUGAUAAAAUGUUCGUCUUUGAGGACAGAUAUGUAUAUUUCCCCUUGAAAUUUCCAGAAUAUUUCGAUGAAAUUGCGAGCAAAAUUAUUCGAAAAAUUGGAAGAAAAAUAUUCAUAAGUUCACCGGGAAAUUUGUGUUUUAUC